CUUGACUUUCCACACACUCCUCGGCCGCCUGGAGCGAGACUCUCCAAGGUUUUCCAGUAAAAGAAAAAAAAAAACGGGGGGAUAUGUGGGUCGCCAUCUUCACUCUGACAGCUUUGGCUGUGUGCUGUCCUGCCAGGGGACAGGAGUUUGCAGAUGUGUGCACUGAGGGCAGCUGCUACCCCGCCACGGGGGACCUGCUGAUCGGAAGGGCGCACAGACUCACCGCCUCCUCCACCUGCGGCCUCCAGCAGCCCGAGCGCUUCUGCAUUGUAGGGCACCUGGAGGAGGAGAAGAAAUGUUUCAUGUGUGACUCGAGGGAGAUGUUUGAUGAGGACAGCAACUCCAUCAGCCAUACCGUCGAGAACGUGGUCACCACCUUUGCCUACAACCGUCUCAAGACCUGGUGGCAGUCUGAGAAUGGUGUGGAGAAUGUAACUAUCCAGCUGGACUUGGAGGCCGAGUUUCAUUUCACACACCUCAUCAUGACCUUCAAGACGUUUCGUCCUGCUGCCAUGAUAAUUGAGCGCUCCAUGGAUUUUGGGAACACGUGGCAGGUUUAUCGAUACUUUGCCUACGACUGUGAGUCUGUCUUCCCCGGGAUCUCCACUGGACCCAUUGACAAAGUGGACGAUAUCAUCUGUGACUCCCGCUACUCCGACAUCGAACCAUCCACAGAGGGAGAGGUGAUAUUUCGGGUGCUGGACCCUGCCUUUGAGAUUGAGGACCCCUAUAGCUUGAGGAUACAGAACAUGCUGAAGAUCACAAACCUCAGGGUGAAGUUCCUGAAGCUCCACACGUUGGGUGACAACCUGCUCGACUCCCGGGAGGAGGUGACAGAGAAGUACUACUACGCCCUCUACGACAUGGUCGUCCGUGGGAACUGCUUCUGCUACGGCCACGCCUCUGAGUGUGCGCCUAUAGACACAGAACUGGCCAGAGCUGAGGGCAUGGUUCAUGGCCGCUGCACUUGCAACCACAACACUGAGGGACUGAACUGCGAGCGCUGUCAGGACUUUUACCACGACCUGCCGUGGAGACCUGCAGAGGGCCGAAACACCCACGCCUGCAAAAGGUGUGAGUGCAAUCAGCACUCCACAUCGUGCCACUUCAACCUCACCGUGUUCAUUUCAACCGGUAACGUCAGCGGAGGCGUGUGUGACGACUGUCAGCACAACACGGUGGGCCGGCAGUGUGAGCAGUGUGCGCCUCACUUCUACCAGCACCCCAGCAGAGACCUGAGAGACCCUAACAUCUGUGAACCGUGUAACUGUGACCCAGAGGGGUCUCUGCGGGGGGGAAUGUGUGACCCGCGCACCGACGUGGCCGCUGGGCUGAUCUCGGGUCAGUGUCGCUGCAAACUCAACGUGGAGGGAGAGCGUUGCGACCACUGCAGACAGGGACACUAUGGACUGGGACAAGGGCCGGAUGGGUGCCUGCCCUGUACCUGCAACCCACUGGGAACGAUGCCAGGAGGAAACCCCUGUGAUUCAGGCUCAGGACAAUGCUUCUGCAAGCAACUUGUCACUGGCCACAACUGCAAUGAGUGCAAGCCAGAGCACUGGGGUCUGUCAAACGACAUGGACGGCUGCAGACCCUGUGACUGCGACCAGGGAGGAGCGAUCAACAACAACUGUGAUCCCCACUCGGGGCAGUGUUUGUGUCGGGAUCACAUGUUUGGACGGCGCUGCGAACAGGUGGAGUCCGGAUUCUACUUCAUCGCUUUGGAUCACUACACGUAUGAAGCAGAGGACGCCCAACACGGACCUGGCGUCACAUUCGUCGCGAGGGCCUACCCUCAGGACCGAAGCCCCACGUGGACCGGGAUGGGCUUUGCUCGUGUGCCUGAAGGAGGUUAUAUUGAGUUCAACGUCAAUAACAUCCCAGAGUCGAUGGAUUAUGACAUUCUUAUUCGUUAUGAGCCACAGCUGCCGCAGCAGUGGGACGAGGCGAACGUUCGAGUGCUGCGUCCCGUCUUCAACCCUCCAAGCCACGCCGCUCACUGCAGCACCUCUUUCCAGCGGGGGGAUGAACAGUCGAUCUCUCUCCCACCUGGAUCCAGGCACGUGCUGCUGGUGAGCCCGGCGUGUUUGGAGAAAGGACAGAACUACACGAUCCGCCUGACGUUACCGCGGUACUCGUCGGACAGCCACAUCCACAAUCCACACACGCUCAUCGACUCUCUGGUGUUGAUGCCUCGGGUCAGAGAGAUGGAAAUGUUUCACGGGACGGAGGGGGCGGACGCGUGGGAAACCUUCCAGCGCUACAGAUGUUUGGAAAGCAGCCGGAGCGUCAUCAAAAGCCCGAUGACGGACAUCUGUAACGACUACAUCUUUAGCGUCUCGGCUCUGCUGCACAAAGGCGCCAUGGCUUGCCGCUGCGACCCUCAGGGUUCUCUCAGCGCCGUGUGCGAGCCGAGCGGCGGUCAGUGUCGAUGUCGGCCCAACGUGGUCGGCAGAGACUGCGACCACUGUGCUCCGGCUACGUUCCUCUUCGGUCCUGCUGGCUGCAGAUCCUGCGACUGCGACCCCCUGGGCUCCGUCACGCCUUUCUGUCACGAAUCAACCGGCCAGUGCGAGUGCGUGCGUGGAGCCACCGGCCGGCAGUGUUCCCACUGCUUACCGGGCCAUUGGGGGUUCCCUCAGUGCCGACCGUGCCAAUGUAACGGCCACAGCGAGGACUGUCACCCUCAGAGCGGAGAGUGCCUGGGUUGCAGAGACUUCACCACCGGACAUCACUGUGAGAGGUGUUUGAAUGGUUACCACGGUGACCCAGAGCUGGGAUCAGGAGGCCACUGUCGUCCCUGCAUGUGUCCAGACGGGCCCCGGAGCGGUCGGCAGUUUGCGGACAGCUGUUACCUUUUAACCAAUCAGCUGGUGUGUGUGUGCAGCCACGGCUACAAAGGAAGCAGGUGUGAUGAAUGCGCCCCAGGUUAUUAUGGAAACCCUCUCGUCCCCGGAGGCCGCUGCAUGCCCUGUGAUUGUAACAACAACAUUGACAUGCACGACCCGGGAUCCUGCGAUGUGCGCACAGGCGCCUGUCUCAAAUGUCUGUACCACACACAGGGCCACUCCUGCCAGCACUGCAAACCGGGAUAUUACGGCAACGCAGCAACACAGAGCUGCCGGAAGUGCAUGUGUGACUCGAUGGGGACGGUACCGUACGCCUGUUCCUCGCCUGAUGACUGCCGCUGUGACCAGCGUAGCGGCCAGUGUCCCUGUCAGCCCAAUGUGGUCGGGCAGAACUGUGACCGCUGCGCUCCCGAUACGUGGAACAUCGCCAGCGGGACGGGCUGCCAACGCUGCGACUGCGACCCCGUCCACUCUGUCGGAUCCUACUGCGACGAGGUUACGGGUCAGUGUGUGUGCAAACCGGGUUUCGGUGGCAGGAGGUGUCAAGAAUGCAAAGAGCUUUUCUGGGGAGAUCCAGAGGUCAAAUGCCACGCCUGCGAGUGCGAUUCCCGGGGAAUAUCCAGCGAGCAGUGCCAUCGAGCCACAGGGCAGUGCACCUGCUUGGAGCGUUUUUCAGGCCCUCGCUGCGACCAAUGCGCCAGGGGCUACAAGGGAGAGUUCCCUGCCUGCGAACCUUGCCACCAGUGCUUCUCCGUCUGGGACGCCGUCGUCGGCGAGCUGACCAAUCAGACGCGCCGUCUGGAGGCCCAGGUGACGGAGCUGCUGACCACCGGAGUGACGGCGCCGUACAAAGAGCUGGUCGGCAGCUUGGAGAGAAACGCCAGGGCCGUCAGGGAGAUAGUGGCGAACAAGACCGCCGCAGAGAAGCUGGAGAACGUCCAGGACCUGAUGCACCAGAUCACGGGACUGAUGUCGUUCCUCAACGGACAGCUGAACACGACCAGGGAGAGCUUGAAUAUGGUUCACGGCGAAGCGAACGGCACAGAAACCAGCUUGGAUGUCCUGACCGACGAGGCCAACAAGCUGGAGGAAUACGUCCAGGAGCUCAGACAGCAGGUGCACAACAUCAAGAACUCCAACAUCCAUGGAGCCAUGAACACAAUCACUGAGGCACACAUGGAGUCUCAAAAUGCAGAGCUACGCUCCAUGGCAGCUGCCGGCGAUCCUAGCAGCACCGUGGAGCAGUCGGCUGCGCUACGGAAAGCCACUGAGGACAAACUGAGCGGCAGCCAGAAGGAGUUUGACCGGAAACACCAUAGAAACGCCCAGAAGCUGGAGAAACUGUCCAAGGAGUUGGAUAAGUUUGACUUGUCGUCGCUUAGCGAGAAGGUGUGCGGCGGUUCAGCCGGAGGGGAAAGCUGCUCCUCCUGCGGGGGAUUUGGUUGUGUCGGGGAAGACGGAGCGCCUCACUGUGGAGGAGAGGGCUGCAGUGGUUUCGUCACAACUUCCCAAACCGCCCUGAAGUCCUCCCAGAACCUGGAGCAGGAGAUCCAGCAGGCCAUGGAGGAAGUGGACAAGCUCUCCAGGAUGGUGUGGGAAGCAAACCUCCGUGCAAAUGAGGCCAAGGCGAAAGCUAUGGAGGUGCUGACCUCAUCCAAUCGCAGCAAAGAGAGGGUAGAGCAGAGCAACGAGCAGCUCCGUGGCCUCAUCAAAGAGAUACGAGACCUUCUGACCAACGAGAAGGCAGACGCCUCUGUGAUCGAGGCAGUGGCCAACGAGGUGCUGGCCCUGGAGAUGCCGACGUCGGCGGAGAAACUGCAGGAGCUGACGAACGAGAUCAGGGCUAAGGUCGGUACUCUGACCAGCGUGGAGGAGAUCCUCAGUCAGAGCGCCGAGGACAUCCGAAGCGCAGAGUCUCUGCUGAGCCAGGCCAAGUCAGCGAGUGAGGAGGCAGUAAAUAUAAAGAAGACAGCAGAGAAAGCGAAGGAAGCCCUGGAUAAGACCGAGCGUGCUCAGAGCGCGGCCAUGGGCGCCAUCCAGCUGGCUCAGAACAACACCAAAGAGACUCUUGACCUGCUCAACUCUGUCGAGUCGGAGACGGCAGAAUCAGAGCUGAAGCUGAGCGACGCCACCGGCCGUCUGCUGGAGCUGGAGCGGGAGCUGGGCCAGCUGAGGCAGAACAACCUGGAGAUGAACCAGAAGGUGGAAACUGCAGAGCGGGUCUCCGAGCGGGCCAAGACCAUCGCAGAGGAAGCUCAGAAGGAGUUUGAUGAGGACCUAAAAAAUAAGUUGGAGGUGGUGGAGGACCAGGUGGAGGAUAAAGGGGAGUUGGUUCUGCAGGCCCGGAGGAGAGCAGAGGAGCUGCAGCGGGAAGCCAAAGAGCUGAUCGCACAGAGCAGCAGCAAGCUGCAGAGACUCAAAGAGCUGGAGAACUCCUACCAGGCCAACCAGCGGCUCCUGGAGGACAGAGCCGAAGAGCUGGCCGGGCUGGAGCGAACCGCCCAACUCAUCCUGGAGGAGAUCAGCAAAAAAGUGUCGAUAUACAGCAGCUGUUAGUGACCGAACCAUCACCAGCAUGGAAAGCUUAAGCCAUAUCUGCUGUUUAAACCCCAUACGGUUUAAAAGUAGCAGCAAAAAACAUUGAAAACAUAAAUAAUAAAUGAAACCUCAAUGAGC